GUGAGCGGUGUCCGGCGAUCGACGUCGCCCGCUACCCUCUAGUCAUUACGCCAUGCGCGAGUCCAAUUUUGCAUUCCCCGCUCAGAACAGGGCUUCAGUCUGCAUCACAUCCCAGCUCUACGAUAGACGAGCUCUGGACACGGUCUCUCCUCUCCCGCUCUUCAACUCGCUCCAUCAUCUCACCUACCUUACCUCCACUUCCCCCCGCAUACGCGAGAUCAUGACAACAGAUGGCGGACUGGAGCGUCUAGUCCGCAUCCUACACGACUUCUGCCUAUGUCCGCCUCCCCCAGAGAACCCGAACGCCAUGUAUGGCCUCGCCCCUCCCAACAGUCGUCCACCUAAGCUAGUUCCAACGCUCAACCCUACGUCUUACGAUAAACACGCUGCAUAUCGCUUUUCACUCGCGUUUCAAUGUGUUGUCAACAUCGGUGUUAGGGGAAGCGAACCCAUUCGUAGUCGCGUGGUCCAAGCAGGCACCCUUGAAGUCGUCGGAUGCAUCUUGGAGGCUUGGCUGGCCAGCAAGGGUUUUGCAACCGGUCCUAGCUCCAGUGCCACCGGCCUGCCUAGGGAGUCUCGUGAACAACGUCAGGCCCGUAAGCAGGCCCUUGUUGAACAGCGCCAGCGCGAGGAAGCGGAGCAACUUACUCGCGCACUUCAGCGCCAGCUCACCCAGCAACAAGCGCGAGAACAACAACAAAGGUUAGAGACAUUGGAAGUUUCAGAGCCCGCAUCCCAGUCUGACGCCUCCAUCCAAGUCACUCCUGCCCCACCUUCUGCUACCACCGAGAUUUCAAUUGCGCCUGACACUGGUUCAGCCUCUGUUAUGGUGACAUCACCAGCGGAUGAACGUCCUUACGACCGUGAUUCCUCGAGCUCAUCCCGUGAAACCGGCGGUUCGACAUCAGCUGAGACAUCAGUGAAUACGACCCCGCUUCGCUCUGGUACACCCACUGGCGCAGUCGUCGUGAAUACCCGCGAACGCAGCGGAACGAUCAUUGCCAGGCCCAUGUGGGAUGGAAAUUCUCACAAUACCCAAGGUACUAUCCGUCAGCGGGCUAUGCGCCAGCGUGAUACAACAAUAUCCCCCAAUGAUUCGACCGACAACUCACGUGCUGAGACUGAGACUGAGGACGACGGGGACGUUGACAUGGACCGCUCAAAUGACACGGACGAUAAUGAAGGCUUUGCUCCGCCCAUCCGCUCCCAGGGAACCAUUCGCAUGGCUCCUCAACGGACUCGACGCGCCGUCGGUAUUGUCUCAGAUACCCCUGAACCUGCCCCAACUGAAGUGAACGCGGACGCUCACAUCAUCAUUCAAGGCGGCGGCGUAGAGGGUGCUGAUGGGAUGCCCGUUGGCGUGGAGGAUGGGAUUGUCUCACUGGAGCAGAACGAUGAUUUUGCGAUGGGUGCUCCGCCUGGUGCACCCGGAGCAAUGGAUGAAACCCUAGCACCUCCUCCGCCAACCCGUACUCCUCGUGGAGUCGGCGUGGAACCCACUCCACGCGAUCGUCUCAUGCGCAACGCCCCCGACGCUACGCCCCGAGCUAACGUUGUUUCCCUCCCUGCUGUCACCCCACAGCAAACGCCCGCGGCGAUACCGGCAGGACGCCAGGCUACACGACUAACGCCUGGACCUAAUGGAGAACAGCUGACGACUGCGGCGACCCCUCCUCCCGUCGGACGCACACCGAGCCAUCACAGUACUCACCAUCAUCGCGAAGAUGCCGGCCCUUACAAGGAUGAAGAUGUUCUCCUGAGUCUUCAGCUUCUCGCCUACCUCAGCAAGUACCCGCAUGUUCGACAGGCAUUUUACAAGCCCCGCGCCUCUUUCCAUCCCGCUGCGGUCGCCCUCCCCGCUGCCCGCGCCAAGCAGCAGGGCCAGCAGCCCAUUGCGGGACCGAGCGGCUCACGCAAUACGCCCGCACCCGUUCAGCCGCCACCCCACAAAGAGUCGCAUGGUCUCUUCCGCGCAUUCACCAAUGCCACGACGCGUGGUAAGGAGAAGGAGAAGGAGAAGGAAAAAGCUGCUUCAUCCUCAGCCCCAGCAAGUGGCAGUUCAUCACAGCGCAUGACAAACGUUUUCUCGCUUGUGGAACGGUUCACCUUCCGACCGAGCUCUUCCGAGAGCGAGAUGCCCAACCCUCCGCCAAGACUCCCGCCUGAAAUCCAGUACUGGGCGGGUGUCAUCAUGCGGAACGCAUGUCGUAAGGAUGAGUCGAGGGGCGGUAUUAGGCAAUGUGCCAAUAUGCUUUGUGGGAAGUGGGAGUCAUAUCCACGGGAGUUCGCCAAGUGUCGAAGGUGUAGGAAAGCCAAGUACUGUGGGAAAGAGUGCCAAAGCACGGCGUGGAGCGAAGGCCACAGGUUUUGGUGUUCAGCGAAGGAUGGUGACGACGAAGCCGACCCAUCCGCCGAUCAUGCCCAUGCUCAUGGAUCUUCCAGUACCAACGCAAACGUUGGUGGAGAUGGGGCAUCCUCGGGGACUGCAGCUGAGGGACGUGCAGAUCGACGGGCGGAGCGCGAGAGGCAGGCACGAGAGCGAGCACCGGGAGGUACCACUGCACCAGCCAUGGAUGAUCCGGACCGCACGCGUGUUCCUCCUCGCGGGGUUGUUGCCAACGCCGCAGUUGGCCCGACGAAUCCCGUAGGCGCCGCCGCCGCUGUCCGGCCUGGCCAGCCAGCUCAGACUUCAGUCGGUGUGCCGCGGACAUCACGCACAAUAGUCUCAGCGUUCCGUCCAUCGAUUGCCAAUGUUACUCCUGCUGUUGGAGAGACACAGGGUGCUCGGCGUCGGGCCGAGACAGUUUCGGGCGCAACGGGUCCCGCGGGUUUUGCGUCUCUGUCCCGUGCCGAUCAGCGAUUUGUUGAGCUAGGGGGAACCCAGGCGCCUACACAGGCUAAUAAUGACAAUGCGAACGGGCCGGCCCCGCAAGCACAGGCGCACGAACGGACAUUGGAUGGCAGCACGAGCGGCGAGCACGACAUGGUGCUCGGCUGAGGACUACUUCAAGCGGACCACUCCGCCUAUUGAGGCAGAGUGAGAGAGAGAGGAUGAAGUAUAUUUCUGUGUUAUAUCAUACCUUGCAGCAUACACCACACAUACGCUAUACUCAACGCUCCGUCAGAUUUCAACUUGACACGCCAGCCCCGGCUCACUGUUCACAUACUCCGGACGUAGACACUGCUUAAGACAACUCGACCGACGUAUAAUUACUACACGCCCUUCAUUACCACAGUCUGUAUUCCUCCUAACAUCA